AUGGCGACCACAACAACCUCAACCAACGCGGCCACAUACGGGGACUGCGUAGCCGCGCUUCGCACCUCGCUCUCCUUCCUCGAAUCCUCCGUCUCUACCCUCGGCACCGGAGUCGCAGACUACCCUCGCCUCGUCAACGUGCUCAAGAGCGUCCGCCACUACGAACUAAUCCCCCAACCGGCCCUCGUUGCCGCCGAAGCCUCUCUCCGUGACGAAAUCGGCCCCGCCAUAGCAACCCUGCUCGACCGCGCCGACGCACACAUCGAGCGCGCAGAGCGCCACAUCGAGGCGUUACGGGCGCGGUCCGAGCUGCAGCAGGGACGAAUGCAUUCCACCACUUCCAACCCGACGCCUGCCUCUGCGCGCAACAACAACAAUAAAGGGAAGAGCAGCAGCGGAGCCUCAAGACGGAGAACAGAAACCGAGGGCAAGAUCAAGGCGCGGCAGAAGGAGGCCCUGCAGUACAGCGUCGAGCGUCUGGAGCUCGAGGUCUUGCAGAAGGAGCGUGAGCUGCGGAAGAGGCUGGAUGCGGCGACUUGA